AUGGCGGCGCUGGCGGCCGCGGCGCCGCCGGCGGUGCUGCGGGAUGGGGCGGCCACGCUGUUCGUUACCGCGGGUGCCUACGCCCAGGUGCGCACCUUCGACGUGCUCACCGAGUGCCGGCUCGUCGAGAAGGUCUCGGCCUUCGCUGAUCCCCCCAGUAUGCCAUUCCACCGCAUGGAGCAUCAGAAUGUUCACGUUUGGAAUGGCACAGCUUAA